AUGUGGUGUUGGGAAAAAUCUGACUCCUUUGAUCUUCGACUUCAGGAGUUACAAGGCAAAGAAAUUGAGCUUCCAAUGUCCUGGGUCGAUUGCUUCGGUAACCCCGUCGAGGUCAGUGAAGAAGUGACAGCCUGUGACCGUGUUAGAUUACAGAGAAUACAGAGGGGAGAGUUAAUUGGUGAUAUUUCGGAGUUAUUGUUCCGUGACCCAAAUUGUUUUCGAGCUGGAGAAUUGCAUAACCAUUUCGAGUAUUGGCAGUACAUUGCGCGAGAUAGCUCGUCACCCCAACAGGCACAGAUUCUUGGGUGGAUAAGGGACAAGGUCUCGAUUAAGCCGUUUUUCAAGCAUUUUAAAGGAAGUUUUAAAGGAGAAUUGUUCGAUUCAGACGAGCCUCCGAUGAAGGUGUUUAAGAACAAUGUCUCUUGCAAGCCCUUUGUGUCAUUUGUGGAGGAAACGUUAGUUGCGCGCUUGAGAUCUGGAGCUAUUUCGCUGUUGGGGAGAGUGGGUGUGGUUGACCCUCCAUUUAUUGUUCUUCCCCUUACAGUUGAGCCAACAAAGCCAAGGUUAUGUCACGAUACGCGCUAUCUUAAUUUAUGGAUGCGUGAUAUGCCUUUCUCUUUAGACAGGCUGUUAGAUUUACCGCGUUACGUGGGCAAGGAUACCUACCAAACGGUCCUAGACGAUAAGUCUGGCUAUGACCAUAUUCUUCUUUCUGAAGACAGCCGCACGUAUUUUGGGAUCCAAUGGAGAGGGUGGUAUUUCACGUAUAAUACCCUUCCUUUUGGGUGGAAGAUCUCCCCGUUUGUAUAUCAUACUACUGGCGUGUUAGCUAGUAAUUUCCUUAGAGCUACAGGAAUCCCUUGUUUGCUCUACAUCGAUGAUCGACACAAUGGCGAACUGCAGGUGGCACUCGAUAACGGGGAAUACGCUACUAUUAACACUGUUGAUGAUCGUCAUCUUGCGGCGGCUAGGUCGGCUAUAUUUCUUGUUGCUUACCAUCUUGUCAGAUUGGGCUAUUUCCUUGGUUUGCAAAAGUCAAUAUUGUUCCCAAGUAAAGUGGUUCCCUACCUUGGUUUUUUAGCGGAUUCUCCUAGGGAGGUGUUCUGCUUAAAGCCGGAAAAGAAGGAGAAAUUUUUACAACUUGUCCGUGAAAUACUCCAUGCCUCUAAGGUUACGGUGAAAACCUUGCAACGCCUGGUUGGGAAAUGUGUCUCUUUUAGUCUAGCAGUACCUGCAGCCCAGUUGAUUACGAAGCAGGUGAAUGCAGCUAUUGCCGGUGGCCAACGUACUCCCCACAGGCUAAUACCCAUCAGGGGGGAUCUGCGUGAGGAGAUCUCCCAUUGGCUGUUUUUGGAAGGUUGGGAUGAUCCGGUAACAUGGCGGGAUGAGCGUCAUAUUCGUGUGUCUGUUGCAACUGAUGCUUCCGCAACAGGCUGGGGUGCUAUUUUGUUAGCCCCUCAUCGUGAGGAAAUAUCAGAUUAUUGGACUGAAGAGCAGUGCAAAUGGGGGAUCGCCGCGAAGGAAGCUACUGCGGUCGACAUGGCGUUAAUGGCUUUUAAAGACAAACUGUUCAAUGCUAGAGUUGACGCUUUUGUUGACAAUAAGGCCGUUGUCGAGGCUUGGAACAACCAGGGUGGUAGAAGCUUGGAGCUUAAUAUGGCAUUGAAACCGUUUUUCUUCACAACGUCGAAGCUUAGCUUAUCUCUGCACAUGUCUUACAUUCCGACUGGUCAGAAUCCUGCUGAUGCUCCAUCAAGGCGCUUGUCCCACUCAGAUAGUAAAUUGUCGGAUGGCUUGUGGCAGAUUGUUCAGAAGGAGGUUGGUGGUAGGGAAGGCCAUACUUGCGACCUUAUGGCCUUGGAUUCGAAUAGUAUGACGGAUGCGCACGGGUAUUCUCCCCCUCAUUUUACGCCGAUUCCCUCUCCCGGAUCGUCUGGUGUAAAUCUCUUCACACAGGACCUUGCUUCCCUCGGAGCGCUUAUGGCCAGACCGUAUGUUUUUCCUCCCAUGGCUUUAACGGGACCUGUCUUAAAAUUUCUGCAGAGUUUUAAACAGUCGUGCACAGUAGUGGUGCUGGACGUGUUUCCCAAGAAGUACUGGUGGCCUCUCCUUAUGAAUAAAGCUGUAAAGAGUAGAUGUCUGGCUGUUCGUGGCGAUGGCAACGCUCUCUUGGUCCCGUCCAAAAAGGGGUGGCUGCCUCACAAGGGCAUUCCUGGAGAUCUCUGGGUUUUUACAGUGUGUUUUUAGGUGUGUCUUGGCAUACAGUUUGAUCUGUUGUGCUACUGGUUUGUGUUGUAUGAUAGGGUUCUUCUUUUCUGGUUUGUAGGAGCUUCCAGUCAUGGCAAAGCUGUUUGCCCAGUCAGUUAAAUGCUCAACCUGUGGACACGCUAAUGAUUUUGACUUCCGUUUUUGUCAACGUUGUGGCUACAAGAGAAAGGUUAUGACAACGCUUGUCAAGGAACACUCUGAUGUUAUCGUUGACCUUGAUGGAAUUGAAGUGCGGUUGCAGCAGUUACUUCACUACGAUCAGGCAACCAGUUAUAAAAAGCAGAAGGAGUCUCUUCAGAGGGAACUUGAGGCUUUUCUUGGUGCUUUGCCGGGUUUUGUUACUCUCGCGACAGUGACGCCUAGGGACUUGUGUCGUUUCCUGAUCUUUAAAGACAAGCGUGGCAAAACACAGGUAAACCUCAAUACGUGUGAAUUUUUGGGUCAGCGUGGUAAACAGUCAUGUGGCUGCCUCUUGAGAUUGUCGUACAAGACUGUGGACUCUUACAUAGAUUUUCCAUUCCAUUGGUCGGGACGGAGAGUGGGACAAGCGGCUAGGUCUUGGUAA